UCCCAUCAUUCACCCUCAUCACUACUCUCUCUUCUCCUCUCAAACAUAUCAACUUCUUCUUCACCAUUUUCAUAUACAAAAUAUAUAUACAUAUAUACAUAUUAUAUAUUUAUACAUACAUACUCCUGCAACUUGCUUCCCCAGUGGUCUGUCUUGAGACCUCUGUUGGAUGCUGUUGCUUUUUCCAUAAGCUAAAACAAUAAAUUAAAGUACUUGUGGUUUAUUCAUCUUCUUCUAGUUAAGGAAGAAAACAUGUCUGGCUCUCUAAGCAAAAGCCUUGGAUUGUCCUCCUCGUUCAUGAAGAUCGUGGAGCAAGAGUGUCCAGCUUCCUUGACCAACGGCGGUGGCAAAGGGAAGCAGGGCAUAGCUGUGGCCAUUCUUGGUUCCGAAGACUACUGCGAAAGAAACAGAGCUGGUGCCGGCGCUUCUCUCCGGCGGACUCUCUCGGCCGACAUGUCUUCCAAGACAUGGCUUGCUCAGAAUGGACUCGUCUCUCCCAUGAAAAAGAUUGCUUCUUCUAAGGAGCUUGUCUCUAUUCCCGCUCGUCGACUGGACUCAUUUUCAUCCUCAGAAGAUGAAGAAGAAGACCAAGAGUACGAUCAAGAAGAGAAUAAGGAGGAACAAAACCAAGGAGAGUACGAUAUUUGGAGCUUGAUAAUUUCUCAAAAGGCUAAAGAAGAAUCCAAAUCUGCCUCAACUCCUUAUGUUCACCCACUCGUGAAAUCCAGAGCCAGCUCUUUGAGCGAAAACAGCCUCCAAAUUUGCACUGAGAGUCUCGGAUCUGAGACCGGCUCUGAUGGGUUUUCUUCUUACCCGUCUUCUCUCACUGGUGACUCUUCCGAACUGGACAAGGGAACUCAAGAAGAAGAAGAGAAAACACAGCUUGGACAAUCAGUAAGCACAAAGUUUAACAAUUCUGCCACUGUCCCAAGAAAAUCGGUCACCCCUACUCGAUCGUUCCCUCCUCCGCUCCCGUCUCUAACCGGUGACGGCGCGAUGAAGGUUCGCAUGCAAACACGCCGCGACAAUGGACGGCUCGUUGUUGAAGCGGUUUCUGUUCCGUCGCAGAAGAACUACUUCGCGGCUCAGCGCCAAGAUGGUCGCCUAGUGCUUACCUUUGCCAAAGGUAGUAGCACUGAUGUUACAGCUGAUCACAAUUCAUUGGAUCAGGAUCUUGAGAAUGAAGUCGAAACAGAAGAUUGGGAGCUGAAUGAGGAGGGAGAGUUUGAGGAGCAGUUCGGGAGCUUGGACGACGAAACUGAAAGCCUUGAUAAAGAUGAUGAUGAUGACGACGAAGACGAAGAUAAUCAUUAUGAUGACGACGAUGAGGAGGAGAAAAUUUAUGGUGUAACAGAGGAAUCUUUCAAUAUAGUACCGACAAGGCUGAUAAAUGUCCACAGAUUAGCCUCAAUGAUGAACAAACCCGUUGGAUUAGCAAAUAGGAAUCCAGCAACAACUCCAUGGUCCAAAAAGUUGAAUGAAGAUAAUGAUCAAGAUCAGGACCAGAAAAUUUCUGCCCAAACCACACUAGCACAGUCUCUCCCACCUCGGCCACGGCCAACCGUUGGUCGACUCAUAGCCUCACCUCCGACAAAGGGUGCCACCGCCACUUCGAUAGGCGGCGCUGCAGCCUCCUUUAACGCUUAUGAGUACUUCUGGCGGCGGUCUAACCCAAACCCAAUAAAUUCCAUUUACAACAAUAAAUUCAUGAGUAGUACUACUGUCUCAUCCCUGAAGAGCCAAAACCCAAACGACAAUCGUCAUCGUCAGGAGCCACAAAUGCUGGUUCUGAGAGGUAACAAAGGAGAGUACUUGGUUUCAACGUUAAAGGGUUGCAAGGAACCUAGACGGACUCUAUUCUGGGAGCCUUAUUGCAUUGCUACCUCGUCAUGAUAUCAUCAUCGUCAAUCGAUGGUUUUACUUCAUAUGUUCACUGAUCCAUUACUGGCUACCUUUCUAUAUCAUUUCUCAAUUCCAAUGUUCUUUAGUUUUGUUAAUUAGUCAAGCGAAGGAAAUAAAAAGGAGAGAGAGAGAGUGUGAUGCUACACUUUGAUUUAGAUGAUCAAAGAAAGAAAAGAGAUCACUUUACAACUUAAACAAAGUAAUGGUCGUUUGUAUCAUAAUAAUUUAUAAAAAUUUAUUAUAUAUUAUAAUUAUAUC